GAAUACAACUCUUAAGGUCGUUUUUCAACCAGAGAUUAGCAGCUGCUGCCGAAGAGAUAUUCGGGGUCGUGGAAAAAACGAUAGCAGAGUAUCAGGACGAAAUGUCCCGCUCGGAAGAGAAGAACAGCCGCCUACAGAAGCUGCUUGAUAUCACUAUUAAACCAGAAAUAAAGUUGUAUAGAGCAGACACCCAGCAGCUCCCAGCCUGUGAAGAACAGGUUCCCUCUGAGCAGCAGGAGUGGAUCCGCAGUCUGGGCCAGGAGGAUCCACAGUCUGGGCCAGGAGGAUCCACAGUCUGGGACAGGAGGAUCCGCAGUCUGGGCCAGGAGGAUCCACAGCCCGUCCACAUUAAAGAGGAACAGCAGGAACUUUGGACCAGUCUGGGGGAAGGUCAGGAGUCUGACACCACAGAGUUCAUAUUCACUUCUGCUUGUCUGCAGAGUGACUGUAAUCAGGACCCACCUCAGCCCUCACAUCUCUACCAGACCCAGAGUACCAGCACCUCGUAUGAACCGUUGAAAAGAGAAACUAGAGGAGAGCAUCAACUAUUAGACACACCCAGGGCUUCUCCACCCGUCUCUGCAGUGAAGUCCAUCCGUCCUAGUUCUCCCUCUAAGAGUCGCUGUAAGGUGUGCGGGAAGACGUUUCUCAUGAAAAGCUAUUUCUUUAAACAUGUGACAAUGCACACCAAGAUGAGAGAACGUGUCUGUGGGGUGUGUGGAAAACAGGUUGAGUUAGAGGCUAUAAAAGAUCACGUCCAAGCUCACAUCGAUGCUCAGUUUACUUGUCAGUUCUGUAGUAAAUGUUUCACUAAGAGUAAUGCUCUGAGGUUACACAUGAGGAGCCACACGGGAGAGAAGCCCUACCAGUGCUCUGUCUGCUGCAGAGGGUUCGCAGGAGCAACCAAUCUAACCAAUCACAUGAGGAUCCACACGGGGUAUAAACCCCACCGCUGUACUGAGUGCGGAAGGUGUUUCUCUGUCCUGGGUCAUCUCCAGACACACAUGAGGAGCCACACGGGGGAGAAGCCCUACCACUGUACCGUCUGCGGUAAAGGGUUUAGUGUGAGCUGCAACCUGACGCAGCACAUGAUGAUCCACACAGGGGAGAGACCUUACCACUGUCCUGACUGUCAGAAAGGAUUCAUCACCAUGGUCAGGCUGAGGAGACAUCAGAUCGCUGUUCACAUGCAGGGAGAAAUGUUCUUCUGUAAUGAGCAACAGCUAUAA